UUGAACAGAACACAACAAAAUUAUAAAUAGUAACGAUAUUUUUAAUAUUAAUUUCGAACACAAACAUGUUUUCGUUUAAUUGUUUUACUAGUACAUGGUUUUCAGAUGCCAGUUCUAACUUUGACAUAAUUUCAGAGUUGCCGUUGGAAAUAUCACUUAUGAUUUUUCGGAAAUACUUGAAUGGAGCCGACAUAAAUGCCGCUAACAGCGUUUCAAAAAGAUGGAGAAAUUUUUGUCGUAGUGAUAAAAAAAUACGUGAAAAAUUGAUCACCUACCGCAGAAAUAAAGAAAAAGCAUAUAAAGGCUUGAGAUUUUAUCGACUCUGCAAGGAUUCGGGUUCACUAAAAGAAACCAAGACGCUUUUGAAGAAAAAAAAGAAGAAUCGCUUAAUUUCAACUGGCAAAAAUCUACUUUGUCUCAGCAUUAACAAAAUACUUCUAUCCAAAUUGAGAUUCCCGUCGUCAAAUAAAAUAAUUUUAAUAAAGUUAAACAGAUUAUUAAAAAAGAGAGUGGUGACAACAUGCAGAAUGUAAUGGGAACUAGAAACAUUUUUCCGGUAGUUCUUUCCCCUUCGAUUAAACUAGAAGUGUAGUGAGAGUAUUUGGAUGAUUUGGGCGGAUAUCCGAUUUUCUGGAACUUGGCCAGGAUUAACUGCACUGCUACCAUAGUCCAUUUUGCUUCAACUCUAUUCUUUCUAGAUCGUUUCACUACUCCCUUCGUAAUCGUUUGUAUUCAUCCUGUACUAUGCAUUCUUCUUUAUCCCACUUCAUCGUCAUAUUAUAACUGAGGGUGAGUUUUCCCUUAAUCUGUACAUAUGCUAUAGAACCACCAUUAUUUACCGAUCCAACCCUACGCACGUUCCACUACAUUUUACUUAAAUGUACAAUCUAUGUCUUAUUAUUGAUCUUUGUAUUUUUUUAAAACAAACAAAUGCACAGAUAAAAAACUGAAUUUCUAAAGAGCAAAUUUUAAUAAAAUUAACAUUUUACAAACUACACAUAAUACCAGCACAAUGAUUAUUAUUUCUGAACUCAAUAUAACUUACGUAUUAAGAUACUUUUUAUUUUUUCUCAACACAAUCGGAUCGAAAUUAUAAAAUAUAUUAAGGCUUACAAUAGAAAAUAGAAAAUAUUAAAUAAAUGAAAUUAUGAGAAAACGAAUUCACUGUGUCUUUAUUGUUUCAAUAAAAAGCAGUCGGGGAAACAUAAACGAGUGUAGUAACUGUUAUAUUAAAGAAAAGUAUUAGCUUUUAUAUUGACUUUUGAAGGUUAUAAUAUGUAUUGUUUU